AUGAAGGUAUGCUUCAAGUGUAGACAAAAGGGACAUUUUGCAAGCGAAUGUACUCAAGAGUUUAUCACUUUGAAGCAAUGCACAAAAUGUACUGGUAAAAACCAUUCAGAACAAGAUUGUUGGAAAAAUAAGAACCAACAAAAAUGCCAAUUGUGUGACAGUACGGAACACACAGCAAAAAAUUGCCCAACAAUCGCAUCAAAACUAGAAAAUGACAAGGUAUGUCAGAUUUGCGACAUUAAAGGUCAUGACGGUAAUAAUGGUAGCUAUUAUAAUGGUAAUAACAAUGGCUACAAUAAUAAUUACACGAACGGUUAUAAUAAUGGUAAUAAUAUGGGUAAUAAUAAUGGUAACAUGGUUGGUAAUAAAUAUGCGGAUAAUAGAAAAGACGGUUCAAUUCGAGGUUGCGAUUUCUGCAAGGGUGAUGAUCAUAUAGAAAUGAAUUGUGUUAAGAAAAAAUUCCAACAAAGAGUGCAGGGAAACUUGCAACCGUCCCUCUAA